UGUUCCAUGUCAGAUUCCAACACAACCGACUUCACCAACCCCUCCACCUUCAUCCUGCUGGGCAUUCCUGGCCUGGAGGCGGCCCAUGUCUGGAUCUCCAUCCCCUUCUGCACCAUGUACGUCAUAGCCAUCUUGGGGAACUUCACCAUCCUGUUCGUUGUGAAGAGGGAGACGAGCCUCCAUGGGCCCAUGUACUAUUUCCUCUGCAUGCUGGCCAUCAGCGACCUGGUCCUGUCUACGUCCACUCUGCCCAAAACACUGGGUAUCUUCUGGUUCAAUUCCAGGGAGAUCAGUUUCAGUGCCUGCCUCAUCCAGAUGUACUUUUUUCACUCCUUCUCAGCGAUGGAGUCUGGGAUCCUCAUGGCCAUGGCUUUUGAUCGCUAUGUGGCCAUCUGCAAUCCUCUGAGAUAUUCCAUGAUCCUGAAAAACUCUGUUGUGGCCAAGAUAGGCCUGGCUGUGGUGCUGCGUGGUGCCAUGUUCGCACUACCCUUUCCCUUACUAGUGAGAAGGUCGCCAUAUUGUACAACUAUUAUCCCCCAAUCGUAUUGUGAGCACAUAGCUGUGGUGAAGCUGGCCUGCGCCGGCAUCCGCAUCAGUAAUUGCUACUGGCUCUUUGUGGUAUUCUCUGUGAUUGUACUGGAUGGGUCUUCUAUUGCCGUGUCCUACACUCUGAUCCUCAGGGCCAUCUUCAGCCUCCCCACAAAGGAUGCCCGGCUCAAGACUUUUGGGACCUGCAGCUCCCACCUCUGUGUCAUCUUAGCCUUUUACAUCCCAGGUCUCUUCUCCUUUCUCACACACAGGUUUGGCCACAAUGUGCCCCUGCAUUUCCACGUUCUCAUGGCCAAUGUGUACCUCCUGGUGCCCCCCAUGCUAAAUCCCAUCAUCUAUGGGAUGAGGACCAAACAGAUCCGGGUAAGGCUGCUCCAGCUCUUUACCAAUAAAGGGACCUAA